AUGAAAGGAAUUUGUGAAGAUUUCCACAAUAAGGCUACACUGAGGGUGGAAAGUUUUGUGCACGCGACGCAAACGUUCAUUCGUGAAGGCAUCUUUGAGGACGAGUUGAACUCGCGAACAGAUUCGAACAGCUCAGACCUAAAUGAUGGCAGUUGCUCCGGAGCUUCCACUCCGCUUCGCCCACACAGACCCGAUAUUGGAGAGGAGCGGCGAUCUAUAGCGAAAAUCAUAGUAGUAUUACUCCUUUUAAGAAAGUGUGCGAUGCUGGAACGUCGGGUGCGGCAACAUCGCUUGGCACAGUGUAACGCUCAACGUAAACGUUUAUCAAAUACUCGAACUCAAGAACGUAAGACACAAGAAGUCUACGUUCGUGACCAAAGGGCUUAUGAGACUGAUCGUGAGCGCCGCGACCGACUUCGCGAGGAGCGUCGUAAUGGAUUCCUUGCGGGUGAUGAGCAUAAUGAAGGACACCGUUUGCAAAGAUUUUGGCUGCAUUCGAAUCCCAGCGGAAUGAGUAGUCAUUCAGCACCACGAUCUACUCAAGCGGUUAGU